UUGGUUUUGGUUUUCUCAUAACGCACAGCAAACUCCUUUAUUGAACCUUUAUUUUAGGGGGUAUUGUAAAUACGAAUGCACAUCAGUAAUCAGAAACCAGCCACAUAUUAAAGGAGACUGUUCAGAGAAGAGCACGAGUGUUUCUGGCUGUAGGCGGAGAUCCUUCAACUUCUUGUAUUUUGUUAUUGCUCAAUAAAUCAGGUGACUUGCGGGGGAAAAUGACAGAGCAUGUCAAUCAUAUGGACGCCUAUAAUGUUGCCGUUAUAUACUAUAGCGAUUCAUUUAUAAACUGUAAUACGGUAGUAGCUUUCGUGUUAAGUAAUCGAUAGAUAUCUCCUAUUUGUUUUACAUCAUGUGAAUAUUUUGAAUACGGCUAUUAUCAAAGGAAAGUUUCACUUUCAAAAUGAAUGAGAUUCUACGGAAGUGAGGGAAGCGUGUGAUACUGUUUAUUGGCGUAUUUAGCCAUUCCUUUGUUUUGGUUUAGGAGCUCUUAUUAUACCUGUUUGGAUGUACACCGGUUAUACAGUAAGCCAGAUUUAAUUCAGAGGUAUUUAAAGGAAUGUGUUGGGUUACUUUCUGGGCGUCAAGCUAUUCGUUUGAUUUCCCUGUCAGAGUUUGUUCAGUAAUGUUAAGUACCGUUUAAAUAAUACAUUGUGUUUUAUUGAUAUGACAGUGAACAUAUUUGGACAAACACCUUCUGAGUUAAGAAACAAUGACACAACAUUCAUUACUUUUUUGUCGAUUUACCACACGAUACCGACAUAAAUGAGACACGUUGUGUUGUCGUGCUGUUUUGGUUAAACUCUGACAAACACUUGUUUAACAGACAUGUAUCGUUGUUGAAAUGUUAUUUGAAUACGCGGCUGGAAUAACAUUAAUUGUACAAAAAAAACUAAUUUUAACAUAAAAUUAAUUAAUUAUUCUUUUUAAAUAACUUCAAAUUAGAAUUGAAAUCAUUUUCAGGGGGUUCAGGCCAUAAUAAGGGGGCCCCAAAUUCCCCCAGAGCCGGUAAUAUUUUAAAGUGAUGGCUGUUAGAGUCUGUUGCACUGAGAUUCAACUGCGUCGCGUGGAGCUGGUGGAGAACUACAGUAUACACUUGACACGCCUUCUGGACGUGUUGUUUAAUGUGGGGGCAUUGACCGAAGAGGACCUCAGUCUCAUAAGGGGCUCGUCUGUUAGAGGCGAGCGGGACUGUAUGAGAUUUCUGCUGGAUGUGCUGAAUGGUAGAGGAGAAGAAUCAUGCAGGGCGUUUUUCUAUAUACUACCAAGUAUCCAAGAUGGGACCUUACAAAUAGGGCAGAUCGGCAGACAAGAGCAUCUCAAAAAACACAAGGAAAUCUUAUCAAGGGAGCACAGCCUGGUGGACUAUCUCAGCAUCAGGAGACACACUUCAGGGCAGGAUGAGACCAGACAGUUGACUGAUAUCACCUUCUCAAGACAGGCUGGUUAUGCAUCAUCUUCUCAAUGCCGACAUGAAUCAACUGGAGUUGGAGAUGCAUUCAGAACAUGUGCAGAUGAUAUCUGCGUUUUCAGCGAUGUUUACGGCAGUCUGCUGUCCAGUCAAUCGAGUGGUGUGAACAUGUUGUCAGGAGUUGCUGGAAGUGGAAAAACCACAGUUGUAAGACGCUUGGUGCGAGAGUGGGCUGCAGAAACCACUUCACACAAAAUUGUCUUACCCUUGUCCUUUCGUGAGUUAAACCUCAUAACUCAAGAGCAGAGCUUGCAAGACCUGCUCUCAGAUCACUACAUUCACCUCAAACCUUUCCUGCAUGACUUACUCAAGUCAAAACCAACCCAGUUUUUACUCAUCCUAGAUGGUCUGGAUGAGUUCUGCUACCCUCUUAAUUUCGAGCACACUCCCAAAUGCUCAGAUCCCGAGAGGGUGCUGCCUAUACAAUCCAUUGUGGUCAAUUUAAUCAAGGGAAAUCUGCUUCCAGGCAUGUCCGUUUUUCUCACCUCAAGGCCUCAUGCGGUCUCCAAAGUUCCUCCGGUGCUGGUCAGCCAGUAUUACAGCCUGUUGGGUUUCUCUGUAGAUCAGCAGAAGCAGUACUUUGAGAAGAACUGCAGAUCUCCUGAGGCUGCUGCUGCAGUUUGGGCCUCAGUGUCGUCCCAUAAACCCCUUCUCCUCAUGUGCCACAUUCCCGCAUUCUGUUGGAUUGUGUCCACUGCCUUGCAUGACGGUGGCUCCUGCCUUUAUCCUGAUCCUGUAAAUGCCAAGUCAGGAGAGCAAGAAGGCCUCGAUAAAGAUGACCUACAGAUACCUUCUGAGAUGAGCUCCAAACCUGUGACGAUCACCGAGAUUUACUGCUGUUUCGUUAAAUCCAUCGUGCUGUUCCAUGCCCAAGGGCGAAGCGAGGGCUCCCAUCACACCAGGCUUCAGCAUGCUCCUCAUGUCCUGGCUGAAAUGCAGCCAGUACUCAAAAGUCUCGGGGCGAUGGCCUUCAAAGGCCUCCUGGAGAGACGAUUCAUCUUUGAAAGCUCCGAUAUAAACUCUUUUAAUCUGGAUAGCACCAAACUCUCACAGGUGUUCCUCUUCGAGAUCCUUAAAGAGGAUCGAGCGUCCCUCACCUUAGAAAAGGGCUUUCAUUUCCUCCACACCAGCGUGCAGGAGUUUCUGGCCGCCUUGUACUAUGUUCUACAGUCACUCUCAGGAUCAGAUGCGUUUUCAGGCCUCAAACCAAGAACAGGCCGAUAUCUUCAGUCUGCGCUUAAACAAAUGGGAUCAGCUGUCAACAAACUCAGCAGGCCGCGGCGUCUUUUCUGCAGACGUAUUAAGAAGGCACUUCGCUGUGGGGAACAACAUCAGUCUGGACACAUGGAUCUUUUCUGCAGAUUUGUUUGUGGCCUGCUGGUUCCCAGGACACGUCUGAUCCUAAAUGGAUUUUUUCCUGAUGGGCCCAAAAUGCAUCUGCUCCGUUGCGAGCUCUCUCCAGACUUGACUCCUCCUUUCCUGCUCCAUCUGUUACAUUCUCAGCUCCAGAGCUCCACCCUGGGCCCGGAGAGGCAGGUCAAUGUUUGUCACUGUCUGUACGAGGCCCAGGACCCAGGUCUGUCACAGCGCCUACAGGGUUGGAUGAAAGUUCUUUCACAGCAGGCCUCAGAUCAGUCUGGUUCGGUAAACAGGGACUGGAGUGAACUGGCUUUCCUCUUACAGCUCAGCCCAGACCUGCAGGUUUUACAUUUGGACGCUCAAGGACUUGAUGCUGAUGGAUUAAGCAGACUCCUACCAGUCCUUCCUCUUUUUUCAACACUGAGUCUCGGUCAGAAUCCUCUUGGUUCAGAGGGAGCUGCUGUGUUGUCCCUUGUUCUGAGAAGCCCAGACUGUUGUAUUGAGAGGCUAUGGGUGGUUGCGACAGGGCUUGGAUGCGAAGGCCUGAGGAUCCUUGCAGAAGCUCUGAAGGAAAAUCGUACCGUGACUGACCUCAGAAUGGCCAUCAAUAAAAUUGGAGAUGCUGGAGCUGGUUAUCUUGCAGACCUACUGAGGACAAACCGCACGCUGACAGAUAUCAGACUUCGUGACAAUCUAGUAACAGAUAAAGGAGCCGAAAUCCUCAUGUCUGCACUCAAAGAGAACACUACCUUAAAGUAUCUGUGGCUCUUUGACAACAAGUUUACCAAAGAUGGCGUCAGAAAACUGAAAGAAUUUGCAAAGACCAGACCCAACCUGGACAUUAAAGUGUGCAUCUGACACUCAAACUGAAAACAUCUCUCUAAAAGGAACGUUCGUUUCUGAAAUGGUUAAGCAAAAUUUCAUUCAGAAAUACUAUGUUGCUCUGAUAUGUUAUUUUUAACACACUGUUUCUUCCUUGUUUAUGUUCAUAUGCCUUUUCUGUGACAACUUCUGAAUUUCAUUGAGAUUUUCAAACCCUCUCAUCUUAUUUAAUCAAGAUCUCUACAUCACUAUUAGUAAUACAGUGAAGUAUGAAUACCUGGUUUUACUGCACUUUCUCACAACAUGUCCCAUAUAUGUCCCAUAACUGUAAUGUCAACCACUAGUGCUUACACUACGAAAGCAGUCCAGGCACAUGGGUUUUAGGUCAACAGUGGAGCUCAAAAUAUUUAGGCUCCAUUUAAUUCUUUCAGCUUGCACAGUAAACAGUGCAGGGUUUCACACAAUUCUCCAUGUUGUCCCAACACAAAUCGAUUAAGUUAGCUUAAUUGUCCUUACAAAUUUAAGUUGAUUGAACAUAAAACAAUUAGGUUAUCCCAAAAAGCUCAGCAAUAUUGUGUUGAUUGGAAACAAUUGUGUUGAUUGAAUUAACAAUAACACAUCUUGAAGGGAUAGUUCACUCAAAAAUGUACAUUUACUCACCCUCAAGUGGUUCCAAACCUUUAUGAGUUUAAGAUAUUUCAAAGGAAUCUAACAAUCUCUAACCAUUGACUUCCAUAGUAGUAAAAAACAAAUACAAGUUUACAGUUUUCUUCAAAGUAACUUCUUUUUUUGUUUAAUAAAAGAAGCAAGUAUAUUAUAGGUCUCAAACUGGAUUGCUGGAGGGCCGCAGCUCUGCACAGUUUUUCUCCAACUCUAAUCAAACAGCUGAUCCAACUAAUCAAGGUGGUCAAGAGUUCUAUGGUGUACAUUAGAGGUGGUUGAAGCUAAAUUAUGCAGAGCUGUGGCCCUCCGGGAAUUGAGUUUGAAACCAUUAAAGGAAAUUGUAAGUAAAUGAUGACAGAAUUUUCAUUUUUGCUGAACUAUUAUUUAAAUAUUGAACUAUUCCAGGUGUAAACAGGGUCUCAGAUUCACACUUCAUUCUCUGGACACUGAAAUGUAUUCAUUUUAGUAAUACAGUGGACUCUUGUUAAUAGGCAACCUUUUUAGCAAAAACCCCACAGAUUCAUAAAAUGGUGCUCUCAAAAGACCUAUAUAGGUGUCUUACCCUUUAACUUGCACUAUAGGAAAACUAAAUUUGGCCAUUUUGUUUGAUUAAAUUGAGUUCCUGAAACCACUCUAAGCAAAUACUGAGGGUUUUUUAAUGGUAACCAAUGCACAGGCUUGUUAAAGGGUUAAUACACUCAAGUUUAUCUUGUACUUUAUUAUAAAUUAUUAUCUUCUCUUUUUUAGCAUCUCAGUCUAGUGCCAAUGGUUUAUUGCUCAUUUUUGUGGGUGUUUUUAUAUAUGCAGAGCUUACGGCUCCUGUAGAUGCUUCAUAAACAGAAGUAAAAUGUACGUGUAAAAUACACAACGGUAUUGCAUUUGUUGUUUAGUCAAUAAUAAUAUUAUUAGUAAUUGAUUCAACAUGUCAAAUUAACAUUAGAACUUCAUGAACUUUGCUGUUUCUUAACCCCAGCUGUCAGAUAACUGUUAGAAAAGUUGCACGUCUGUCUUCUUUCUAAAAGUUGCAUAAUGUGUUUCAGGCAUUUCAUUUCAUCAUGUCAUUGACUGCCGCAACAUCGUGAAAUAUGAAUUGUGUAGUUAUAGAAGUGUUAUUAUACAGCCAUUAAAGCAAAAUGUACAAACAGAUGUUGAAUAAACACAGUACAUGGAUACUCCA